AUGGAGAAGAAAGGGUAUGAGCCUAAUGUGAUUACUUGUGGAACAAUAGUAAAUGGUCUGUGUAAGACUGGCCAGACUGGUGUGGCUAUUAGGUUGCUCAGGAUGCUUGAAAAAGAGAAUUUUGAACAAAAUGUGGUGCUCUAUAGCAUGGUCAUUGACAGUUUAUGUAAGGAUAGAUUGGUAACUGAGGCUUUGAACCUUUUAUCUGAAAUGACGAGUAAAGGCAUUCAACCAGACGUUGUCACUUACAAUUCCUUAGUUCAAGGCUUGUGCAAUUUUGGCCGGUGGAGGGAGGUGACUACUUUGUUGAAUGAGAUGGGGCAAAGGAAGGUCAUGCCAGAUGUACAAACAUUUAACAUAUUGGUGAACACACUUUGCAAGGAAAGGAUGUUGAUUGAGGCAAAAGAAGUUUUUGAUGUGAUGAUUCAAAGAGGCAUUGAUCCUAACAUAGUCACUUACGGUUCUUUGAUUGAUGGUUAUUGUUUGCAAAAUAGACUGGAUGAGGCAGUUAAGACGUUUAAUAUGAUGGUUGAGAAGGGUUGUUCAACCGGUGUGGUUAGCUAUAACAUAUUGAUCAAUGGAUACUGCAAAAGUAAAAAAAUUGAUGAGGCAAAGCGUCUGUUUCAUGAAAUGUCCAACAAGGGAAUGAUUCCUAAUGUAGUGACUUAUAACACUCUUAUAGGUGGGUUAUGUCGAGUGGAGAGAGUCCAGACUGCACUAGAGCUAUUCAAUACAAUGCGAGCUUGUGGCCAACAUCCAGAUCCCCAAACCUAUGCCAUCCUGUUAGAUGACUUUUUUAAGAAUAGACGAAUUGCUGAGGCAAUAGCAUUGUUUCUGGAGAUGGAAGACAAAAGACUAAAUUGUGAUAUUGUGAUUUACAGCAUCUUGAUUGAUGGUUUCUGCAAUGUUGGGGAACUUACGACUGCAAGAGAAAUCUUUAGUGGUCUUAAAGGAUUGUAUCUUGAUGUUUGGACUUACACUAUAAUGAUCAAAGGAUUUUGCAAGAAUGGACUACUUGAUAAAGCGAGUGAAUUGCUUGAGAAAAUGGAUGGCAAUGGUUGUUCACCUAACGAGCACACAUAUAACAUAAUAAUCCAUGGGUUUUUGCAACAUAGAGAGACAUCAAAGGCAAUGAAAUAUCUCAAAAUGAUGGUUGACAAGGGAUUUUCAACAAACGCAACAACUGCGGCCUUGUUUAUUGACUUGCUGUCGUCUAAUCAAGUAGAUGAAAAUAUUCAAGAGCUGCUUCGAAAGUUUGGUUGA